AUGGAGCGCCCCGGACCCAGCGGCGUGACAGGCUCAGACGCAUCAGGACCGGACCCGCAGCUCGCGGUCACCAUGGGCUUCACGGGGUUCGGGAAAAAAGCUCGCACAUUUGAUUUGGAAGCAAUGUUUGAACAAACUCGAAGAACAGCAGUGGAAAGAAGUCGGAAAACACUGGAAGCAAGAGAAAAAGAGGAAGAAAUGAACAGAGAGAAAGAAUUAAGAAGGCAAAGCGAAGAUCUUGAACCAACAUCUUCAGGCUCAAGUGUGGCCAGAGAUUGCUCUAAAUCAUCUUCCAGGGAUACAAGCAGCAGUGAAAGUGAAGCGAGUUCUGAAUCGUCUGAUGAUGAGUUAAUUGGCCCCCCUUUACCCCUUAAAAUGGCGGAAGAACCAGUUAAUCAUAUGGAGGAAGAUAUCCUUGGUCCUUUACCUCCACCUCUUGGUGAAGAUGUGGAAGAAGAUGAUGAUGAUGAAGAUGAUGAUUCAGAAGAGGAGGAAGGGGAAAAUCCUGUCCAAAAGAUCCCUGACUCGCAUGAGAUAACGCUGAAGCAUGGCACUAAGACAGUUUCUGCUUUGGGUCUGGAUCCCUCAGGUGCCCGUUUGGUGACUGGAGGAUAUGACUAUGAUGUUAAGUUUUGGGAUUUUGCUGGAAUGGAUGCUUCUUUUAAGGCAUUUCGAUCCCUUCAGCCCUGUGAAUGCCAUCAGAUCAAGUCAUUACAGUACAGUAACACAGGAGACAUGAUUCUUGUUGUAUCUGGAAGCUCUCAGGCCAAAGUGAUUGACAGAGAUGGUUUUGAAGUAAUGGAGUGUAUAAAGGGAGACCAGUAUAUUGUAGAUAUGGCCAACACCAAGGGUCAUACAGCAAUGCUUCAUACUGGCUCAUGGCAUCCCAAAAUAAAGGGAGAAUUUAUGACUUGCUCAAAUGAUGC